UAAUAUUUAAACCCACAGUUGAAUCGGACUAAGCUAAACUCUCACACUUAAUCUCACACUCCCACCACUGCUUGGCUUGGCCUUUUCAGCUUUUGACUAGGGACUACUAUAUUGCCGUCUCUCUCCUCCUAUCUUUUCUCCGCUCCAAUCUCUAAUCUGCCAGGUCCCUGAAGUUGGGCCAAUUCACAAUGGAUGUGGAUACCAAGCUUCUAGACGGGGCUCUGCCGAUUGUGGCAACUCUGGUAUUAGCUGUCCUAAUCGGAGUGAUUAUAAUCCGGCGCAGAUCUGGACACCGGCUUCCUCCUACUGUGAAGGCCUUGCCUUUGAUUGGGGGGUUGCUUCGGUUCUUGAAAGGCCCCAUUGUGAUGAUUAGGGAGGAGUACCCAAAGCUUGGGAGUGUGUUCACAUUGAAUCUGUUUCACAAGAAGAUUACGUUCUUGAUUGGUCCUGAGGUUUCCGCGCACUUUUUCAAGGCGCCGGAGUCUGAUCUUAGCCAGCAGGAGGUGUACCAGUUCAAUGUGCCCACUUUCGGACCCGGAGUUGUGUUUGAUGUGGAUUAUACGGUGAGGCAGGAGCAGUUCAGGUUCUUUACGGAGGCUCUGAGGGUGAAUAAGCUCAAGGGAUAUGUGGAUCAGAUGGUUACAGAAGCAGAGGAUUACUUUUCCAAGUGGGGAGACAGUGGAGAGGUGGACUUGAAGUAUGAGCUGGAGCAUCUGAUUAUCCUGACAGCCAGUAGAUGCCUCUUGGGUCGUGAAGUUCGUGAUAAACUCUUUGAUGAUGUUUCGUCUUUGUUCCAUGAACUUGACAAUGGCAUGCUUCCCAUUAGUGUCAUUGCCCCAUACCUGCCCAUCCCAGCUCACCGCCGCCGUGACCAGGCACGCAAGAAGCUCACAGCAAUCUUUGCAAACAUCAUAAACUCCCGCAGAUGUGCUGAAGUGUCUGAGAAUGACAUGUUGCAAUAUUUCAUCGAGUCUAAGUACAAAAACGGCCGAAAAACAACUGAUUCUGAGAUCACUGGCUUGCUCAUUGCUGCUCUCUUUGCUGGGCAACAUACAAGUUCAAUCACUUCCACUUGGACUGGGGCUUAUCUCCUCCAGAAUAAGCAGUACCUAUCUGCCGUGUCAGAGGAACAGACAAGGCUUAUGGCUAAGCAUGGGAAGAAGAUUGACCAUGAUAUAUUGUCCGAGAUGGAUACACUGUAUCGUUCCAUCAAGGAAGCUCUGAGACUGCAUCCUCCACUGAUCAUGUUGCUGCGACACUCGCAUAGCGAUUUCAGCGUACAAACUCGUGACGGGAAAGAAUAUGACAUCCCGAAGGGCCACAUAGUUGCCACAUCACCAGCUUUUGCCAACCGACUUCCUCAUAUUUUCAAAAACCCAGACAGCUAUGAUCCUGAUAGAUUUGCUGUUGGAAGAGAGGAAGACAAGGCCGCAGGGGCCUUCUCAUAUAUCUCAUUUGGAGGUGGCAGGCAUGGAUGCCUCGGAGAGCCUUUUGCAUACCUGCAGAUAAAGGCUAUAUGGAGCCAUUUGCUGAGGAACUUUGAACUGGAGCUGGUUUCACCUUUUCCAGAGACUGAUUGGAAUGCCAUGGUUGUCGGUGUGAAAGGAAAGGUGAUGGUGCGGUAUAAGCGAAGGGAGCUUUCAGCUAAUUAAUGGCAACGGCCAUUUGGUGGUUUCCAGGGUUAAAUUUAUGUUUUUUGUUAGGAUGUUUUUGGUCCCUCUUGUAUGUGUUGAUUUCCUUCCUCCUUUUCUAAUUAACUGUUAAUGUUAUGUUGCUCUCUUUUAUUGGAUUGUGGAUCCUGUUUUAUUAGUCAUAAAUUUAUGAUGAUGAAUGUUAUAGCUGUAA